UGCAUAUUACAAAGUACAAACUCUUGUCUUCCACAUUACCUCACCUGCAUAGCCUUUUAGCAUCGGCGAGGCAGGAGCAUCGGCGAGGCAGGAGCAACGGCAAGUGGCACAGCGGAACACUCACAUACACAGCACCGCCUCACGUAAUACGAGGAGUUCACCGUUCCCCUACGCAUCGAAUAGAGAAGUAUCAAUGGGAAGGCAGAAAGGAGAAGGUGCAAGAAGCAAGGCACGCCCUUCAAGCAGCAGUCUCGCCGCCUCGCUCUUGCCGUCCGGUUCCACCGCCCCCGCCGCCGUCGGAUUCGGUGGUUAUGUCGGUAGUUCGCGCUUCGAUACUUCUCUUUCAACCGAAGAUUCACUACCAUUCGCCGAUGUAGAUAGUGAAAUUGCGGUGCACUUGAAGAGGCUAGGCAGGAAGGAUCCCAUUACUAAGCUGAAGGCAUUGGCAGCUUUAUCUACUCUGCUUCAACAGAAGUCUACAAAAGAAAUUGCUCUAAUUGUUCCCCAAUGGGGAUUUGAAUAUAAAAGGCUGUUGCUGGACUACAAUAGGGAGGUUCGGCGGGCCACUCAUGAUACCAUGACCACUCUUGUUACUUCUAUUGGGAGAGAUUUAGCUCCACAUUUGAAGACUCUGAUGGGACCUUGGUGGUUUGCUCAAUUUGAUCCAGUUUCUGAAGUUUCUCAGGCAGCAAAAAGGUCUUUGCAGGCAGCCUUUCCAGCACAGGAAAAGAGACUUGAUGCUUUAAUUUUAUGCACAGAAGAGAUAUUUAUGUAUUUAGAAGAAAACCUAAAGCUCACGCCGCAAAAUUUGUCCGACAAAGCUGCAGCUUUGGAUGAGUUGGAAGAGAUGUACCAGCAGGUGAUAUCAUCAACAUUGUUAGCAUUGGCCACUCUUCUUGAUGUUUUAAUUUGCUUACGAGAAGAGCGACCUGGUUUUGAGAACAUAACUUCUGAACCUAAACAUGCUGCAAAGGCCAGGGUGGCUGCUGUUUCUUUUGCUGAAAAGCUGUUAACAGAUCAUAAAUACUUUUUAGACUUCUUGAAGUCCCAGAGACCAACUAUCCGAUCAGCUACUUAUAGUGUGUUGAAGAGCUUAAUAAAAAAUAUGCCACAGGCUAUUAAUGAAGGAAAUAUAAAAAUUCUUGCUGGUGCAAUUCUUGGUGCUUUCAACGAGAAGGAUCCAACUUGUCAUCCCUCAAUGUGGGAAGUAAUAUUACUCUUCUCUAGAAGAUUCCCAGAUGGUUGGACUUCCUUAAAUGUCCAGAAAAGCAUACUGAAUCCAUUUUGGAAUUUUCUUAGGAAUGGGUGCUUUGGUUCCCAACAGGUUUCGUAUCCAGCUUUGGUUUUAUUCUUAGACAAUGUGCCUCCUAAAGCUGUGGGAGGGGAUAUAUUUUUUCUUGAAUUUUUCAAGAACUUGUGGUUGGGAAGGAGAACUUCUCUAUCAGGAGAUAUACUGGCAUUUUUCCAGGCAUUAAAAGAAUGUUUUCUUUGGUCAUUGAGAAAUGCUUCAAGGUAUAAUGAUGGAGGGGAGUCAAUCAGCCAUUUCCAAGUCACUCUUGUUGAUAAGGUCAUAGUAAAGCUUUUAUGGCAGGAUUUUCUUUUAAAUGGAAGCUCGAAGGGUUAUGAUAUGAUCAACUCAGGAAAAGCAGCAGAUUCAUCUAAGGAAAAUGUUUCUCAUAACAAGAAAGUGGAUAUGCUGAAUACAAAGUAUCCAAUGCCCUAUUUGCAAGAGUUGGGGAAAUGCUUUGUUGAAAUCCUUUUAGGCAUUUACACAUUAGAUAGCAAUCUUUUAUCUGUUUUUAUUGUGGAAUUUGAGGAGAAUUGCAUGGGCAUUCUUCAUCAAGCAGGUAAUGUGGAGAUUGUUCAACGAAUCAUUUUGUUCUUGUUAUUGCUGGAGCAACAUGCUGUGAUGAAAGAUGCAACCUGGCCCUUGGCCUAUAUUGUCGGACCGAUGCUGGCAAAGUCUUUCUCAAUCAUUAAAUCUUCUGAUUCACCAGAUACUGUGAGACUUCUGUCAGUUGCUGUUUCAAUAUUUGGACCACAGCAGGUGCUCCAAGAAGUUUUUAUUCAAAACAGGGGGCACUAUUCGAGUCAGCUUUCACAUGAUGGGGAUAAAGUAUUGGAAACUGAGGACUUUAUGCAAAUCUUCAAAAAUAUUUUUGUUCCUUGGUGUCUGCAGGCUAAUAGUUGCUCAACCAAUGCUCGACUGGAUUUGUUGUUGGCACUUCUGGAUGAUGAGUAUUUCUCAGAACAAUGGUCUUUUAUUGUCAACUAUGUGAUGAGCCAAAGUUAUUCAGGAUGCCCACCGGGGUUGCUAAAUGCUGACCAUGCAGCAAUGUUGGCCAUGCUCCUGGAAAAGGCUAGGGAUGAGAUUAUGAAGAGGAAGGUGAGAGAUGAAUCCUGUAAUAGAAAAGGCACGAAUGCUGAAGAUUGGCAUCAUGAAUGUCUGGAAUCAUCUGCUAUUGCUGUUUCCUGUUCUCUUCCUCCUUUUAGCCCUUCUCAUGUGCAGCUUGUGUGCUCUCUUCUUGGAGGUUUAACAGAAGGAAGAUCUAUGUCUUUUCUGUCCAGAAAUGCAUUGAUCCUCAUCUAUAAGGAGAUUUUCAGGAAGUUACUAAGUUUUAUUCAGGUUCCGUCUUUCUUUUGGGUACAGGAUGCAGCUUCUAUGUUGAGCAAUGAUGCAAAGAUCUGUGUAGAAUUUGAUGGUGCUCUUAACAUUGUGGAGAUGGCUCAAUUUGCUCUUGAGAUACUUGAUGCUAGUUUCUUUUGCCUGAAGACACUUGAUGGGGAAAAUGGACUUGUAUCAGGAAUUUUAUCUGCAAUUUUCGUUAUUGCAUGGGAGUGUAAUUUAAGUAAAGCUCUGGAUGAUUCACUUGAUGACAAAUCAAUGACCAAAAUCAAGGCCAGGUUAACAUUUGGUGAAUGUGUGUGCGCUUUCCGUAACAAGAUAAAUGUUGAAUUUCUUAAAAGUCUUUGCUUAGACAGCCGAAAGAGAUUGUUCAAUAUCUUAAUUCGGUCAAUAAGAUCAGCAAUAUUUGUUGAAGACAAACUUGUGAAUGAUGAAAUCGCAUCGUUAGGCUGUACGUGGGUGCUUGAAGUUCUUGAGUGUUUCUGUGUGGAUGAAAAUGAUGAACAGAAUCUGCUACAGCAGCUGCUGACCAAGGGUGAAAUGUGGCCUGUUUUUGUUGUUCCAAAUUUCAAAAACGAAAUUCUACUUUUAACCACCAAUUUAUACCAAAUGCAGGCUUCAGGACACCAGAAGUUUGUAGCUUUAAUUGACAAGUUAAUCCUGAAAAUUGGGAUUGAUAGGGUUAUUGCUUGGUGUGCAAUGCCUAAUCCAUCUAUGCUUGAAAGAAGUCAAGAGGUUGAAUCUUCUGCUUGGCUAGCUGCUGAAAUCCUGUGCACAUGGAGAUGGCCAGGAAACAAUGCUGUGUCUUCUUUCUUACCUUUGCUGUGUGCAUAUGCCAAGAAAAGUAAUUCUCCAGAGGAAAGCUUGUUAGAUGGCAUAUCAAACAUCUUGCUUGAUGGUUCUCUUGUUUAUGGACGUAAUGGCACCAAGAGUUCUGUGAGUAUGUGGCCAGUUCCCGCUGAUGAAUUGGAAGGUAUUGAAGAACCAUUCUUAAGAGCACUUGUUACCUUUCUAUCCACUUUGUUCAAAGAGAACAUAUGGGGGACAGAGAAGGCAUCGAUUCUGAUUGAUAUCCUUGUGAAUAAACUCUUUCUUGGUGAAGCAGUAAAUACAAAUUGUCUUAAGAUUCUUCCUUUGCUUAUAAGUGUACUUCUAGAACCAUUGUAUUUGUAUGUGGAGCCUGGUAGAGGUGUUCAACCUUGUUUUCUAGAAGAAAGAUUCGUGCAAAAUACUAUGAUGGAUUGGCUGGAGAGGGCUCUAAAACUCCCACCUUUGGUCUCAUGGAAAACAGGACAAGACAUGGAAGAUUGGCUUCAGUUGGUUAUUGCCUGUUAUCCUUUCAGUGCAAUAGGUGGUCCACAAGCAUUAAAGCCAGCGAGAAGUGUCAGCCCUGAUGAGAGGAAGCUUUUAUAUGGAUUAUUCCAGAAGCAGAGGCAUGUUGCUGGUGGAUCUGCAAUGAUUAACCAGCUUCCAGUGGUGCAGAUGCUGCUAUCGAAACUUAUGGUUGUUUCAGUAGGUUAUUGCUGGAACGAAUUUAGUGAAGAAGAUUGGGACUUCCUGUUGUCUAACCUAAGGUACUGGAUUCAAUCAGCAGCUGUUAUGAUGGAGGAUGUAGCGGAAAAUGUAAAUGGUCUUAUUGAUGGUUCAUCUGAUAAUUUAGAUGUGAUGUGUAAGAAAAUUGAGAAAAUUAUUUCAAUUUCAGAUCCUUUUCCCAUAAAUAUUUCUGAAAAUGCCCUGUUGUGUUUUUCACUUUUCCUUAAGCAUUGUAAACUUCAACAAGCUGAAGAGAGAGAUAAUUUAAAUACAUUGAAAUCAGAAAAGUUGGAUUCUGUCAAAAAUCGGAUUCUAGAGGGUAUCCUUCGCUUACUAUUUUGUACUGGCAUUUCUGAGGCUAUUGCAAAUGCAUGCGGCAAAGAAGCUGCAUCAGUUAUUGCAUCAUCACGUGUUAAAUAUACAUACUUUUGGGAAUUGGUAGCUUCUGGUGUUGUUAAUUCCUCAUCACAGGCUAGGGAUAGAGCAGUGAAAUCAGUUGAAUUUUGGGGACUAAGCAAAGGGUCUAUUAGCUCAUUGUAUGCUAUACUUUUUACUUCCAAGCCAAUUCCUUUGUUGCAGUCUGCUGCAUAUUUUGUUCUUUCAAAUGAGCCGGUUUUAAGCAUGGCUGUCGUAGAAGAUAAUGCUUGUAACUCAGACACAAAUGCUGCUAGUGAUGAGGAUUCCAGCCGCCUUGACAUUUCAAUAGAAGAAAAAGUCCAUUUGAAAGAGGAAAUAUCUUGCAUGGUUGAAAGGGCACCUUAUGAGGUUCUUGAAAUGGACUUACUUGCACACAAACGAGUAAAUCUCUUCCUUGCUUGGUCUUUGUUGAUAUCACAUCUAUGGUCGUUACCUUCAUCAUCAUCCCUGAGGGAGAGACUGAUCCAGUACAUACAAGACUCUGCAACUCCAGCUAUUUUAGAUUGCCUUUUUCAGCAUAUUCCUCUAGAGAUUUCUAUGGUUCAGAGUCUGAAGAAGAAAGAUGCAGAGCUUUCUGGUGGCUUAUCAGAAGCUGCAAGUGCUGCAACCCGUGCCACCACCACUGGUUCACUAUUGUUUUCUGUGGAUUCUCUUUGGCCAGUUGAAUCGGAGAAAAUUUCAUCACUUGCUGGAGCAAUAUAUGGCCUGAUGCUUCAUAUUCUUCCUGCUUAUGUCCGUGGCUGGUUUAAUGACUUGCGUGAUCGUAACACUUCAGCUGUCAUUGAAUCCUUCACAAGGACUUACUGCAGCCCUCAUCUCAUUGCAAAUGAAUUGUCCCAGAUUAAGAAAGCAAACUUUCGUGAUGAGAAUUUCUCAGUUAGUGUAAGCAAAUCAGCAAAUGAAGUUGUUGCUACUUACACUAAGGAUGACACGGGAAUGGAUCUAGUCAUUCGUCUCCCUGCAUCUUAUCCACUAAGGUCUGUAGAUGUUGAUUGUACAAGGAGCCUUGGGAUUAGUGAGACCAAGCAAAGGAAAUGGUUGAUGUCAAUGAUGCUAUUUGUUCGUAAUCAGAAUGGAGCUUUGGCAGAAGCUAUAGGGAUUUGGAAGCGCAAUUUUGAUAAAGAAUUUGAAGGUGUUGAGGAGUGCCCGAUCUGUUACAGUGUCAUCCAUACUACAAACCACAGCCUUCCUCGCCUUGCAUGCAAGACAUGCAAACACAAAUUUCAUUCUGCUUGCCUUUAUAAAUGGUUUUCAACUUCUCACAAAUCGUCUUGCCCAUUGUGUCAAUCUCCGUUCUAAGGUUACACCUGGAGUGAUGAAUUUUACCAAUUUUGCUUGCUGGUGAUACCUUGCACUGGAAGUAAUGGAUGAUGAGAAUGGGCUGAUAAAUGGGAUUCGACCCUGAUUAAGGCGGGGCUGCCUUACAAACCAGAACUGGUUCACGAAAUUUGGAUGAUUUCCAGCUUCUUUGCCCCAUUCAGCUUCUAGUUAAGCAGAUUACGCUUUACUCCUUGACAUACAAGAGGAAGCUGGUCAGUGUUUCUGCAGCUGGGACAUGGGUGUGUUGUCUUUUCUGUUAAGGCAAGAGAAGUACAUCCGAUUUCUUCCUCUUGUUAAUUUUCUUUUCUCUAAUUAGUGUUUCUUUAUUUUUCGUGGCAGUGAUAAUUAUUGUUUGUAGUGUUCUGGUUCUGUUUGGAAGGGGUCAGUUCUGAUCAUGGGAAGUUCUCUGAACUAGAGUAGUUUUGUACAUAUAGAUUAUUCAUUUUGACCCCAUGAAAUCAUUGAAGAUCAAGAAUUGCCCGAAUAAGAGUAGUUGUACAUCUUGAUACUAUUAUCUAUAUUGGCCAUGAAAACAUACCGAGCAAGUACUUUUCACCGUAGGCAUAGUAUGCAUUGCUCCCAUGUAUGACUUUUGGUCAGCAAAAUUUAAUGUAAUGUCCAAAUAAGAAUUUGCAAACACUUUCGGUGUGUA